CCCCGGGCCUAGAGAGCCAGCUGCGGGCCCCCGGGGCGGUGGUCUACGGACCCUGUGCCCUGGAGAGCUGCCCCUCCCAGCAGAGGUCAUCACGCACUUGGUGGCACCUGGGCAUGUCUGACAGAGGGUCUGUACCCCUGCAGUCUCCCCCGUGUGCCCCCUCCCGCCCAUGCGCCUGGGAGCCAGGGCCAGCACCUGCACAGAGCUCCUGAGAGCCGAAGCUGGGGGUGGGGCCCUGGUGGUUCCCCACCCAGAUGGGACCCCACCUUCAAGCCCGCUGUGUGGAGGGGCAGACGGAGGCCUGGGAGGGUUGGGGGCAGGUCUGCGUCACUAGUCGCCGGCACAGCCUCCCUCCGGAGGCCUUUUCCUGUGGGGGGGAGGGCCCGCCAAUGAGGGCCGGGCCUGUCACGUGGGCCUGACAGCUGGGGAGGGGGUGGCCGGCGACAAUGUGGACCUGAGGCAGCCACUGUUGAGAGCCACAGGCUUGAGACCCCCAGCCUGCCGGACCCCAGCCUGCCCGUCGCAGGCCACCAGCCCGGGGCCCCACCAUGUUCUCCAGGAAGAAGCGGGAGCUCAUGAAAACCCCUUCCAUCUCAAAAAAGAACCGGGCGGGAAGCCCCAGCCCACAGCCCUUGGGGGAGCUGCCCAGGAAAGACGGGCCUGACACAGUGUCCCUUGGACCCAGCCUGGAGCCGCCAAGUGCAGCCUCGAACGCCAAGGCCACGGGCACCCUCAAACGACCCACCAGCCUGAGUCGCCAUGCCAGCGCUGCUGGCUUCCCGCUGCCUGGCGCCAGCUCCUGGACGCUGGGUCGGGGCCACCGCAGCCCACUGGCCGCAGCCGGCCCCGCCGAGCCUCCCGUCGAGGGUCCCUGCCCUGACACUGGCGAGAUCUCUCACCUGCUGGCCGACGUGGGCCGCUUUGCCAAGGCUCUUGAGAAGCUCAAGGAGUGUGUCCUGAGGGACGACCUCCUGGAGGCCCGCCGGCCCCUGGCCCACGAGUACCUGGGCGACGCCCUUCGUGUGAUGCGCCAGAUCAUUUCCAGGUACCCGCUGCUGAACACCGUGGAGUCACUGACUGCCGCCGGCACCCUCAUUGCCAAGAUCAGAGCCUUCCAUUAUGAGAGCAACCAGGAGUGCGACAAGGAGGAGUUUGAGAAGGCCCUGGAGACCAUCGCUCUCUCCUUCAGUAACACCGUGUCUGAGUUCCUCAUGGGGGAAGCGGACAGCAGCACUCUCCUGUCAGUGCCCCCUGGGGACCCCAUCCAGACCAUGGAGAACCUGUACAGCCCCGGCAGCGAGGGCACCGCCCCCAGCGCGGACGACUGCGAAGCCAGCUGCCUGGCCCCGGAGGAGGUGGACAUGCUGCUGCAGCGCUGCGAGGGGGGCGUGGACGCCGCGCUGCACUACGCCAAGAACAUGGCCAAGUACAUGAAGGACCUCAUUGGCUACGUGGAAAAGCGGACGGCGCUGGAGAUGGACUUCGCCAAAGGCGUGCAGAAGAUCGUGCACAACUGCAGGCAGAGUUUCAUGCAGCAGCCGCACAUGCCGCUCCUGUCCAUCUACUCCCUGGCCCUGGAGCAGGACCUGGAGUUCGGCCACAGCAUGGCGCAGGCGGUGGGCACGCUGCAGAGCCAGACCCUCACGCAGCCCCUGAACCUCAGGCGGCUGGAGCACGAGAAGCGCAGGAAGGAGAUCAAGGAGUCGUGGCACCGCGCCCAGAGGAAGCUGCAAGAGGCGGAGUCAAACCUGCGCAAGGCCAAGCAGGGCUACACACAGCGCUGCGAGGACCACGGCAAGGCCCACUUCCUGGCGGUCAAGGCCGAGGAGGAGCAGGCCGUCACCGGGCCCGGGGCCGCCGCCUCCAAGACCCUGGACAAGCGGCGGCGCCUGGAGGAGGAGGCUAAGAACAAGGCCGAGGAAGCCAUGGCCACCUACCGGACGUGUGUGGCCGAUGCCAAGACGCAGAAGCAGGAGCUGGAGGACACCAAGGUGACGGUGCUGCGGCAGAUCCAGGAGGUCAUCCGCCAGAGUGACCAGACCAUCAAGUCGGCCACCAUCUCCUACUACCAGAUGCUGCACAUGCAGACGGCCUCGCUGCCCGUGCACUUCCAGAUGCUGUGCGAGAGCAGCAAGCUGUACGACCCGGGGCAGCAGUACGCCUCCUACGUGGGCCAGCUGCAGCGGGACGAGGAGCCCGACGUGCGCUACGACUUCGAGCCCCACGUCUCCGCCAAUGCCUGGUCCCCGGUCAUGCGCACCCGUAAGGGGAGCCUUGCCAGUGAUGCCACGGGGGCAGAGGCCACCGGCAGCCCUGAGGAGGAAGGUGGAUCCGGCAAUGGCACACCUGCCAAGGAACACAGGGGUGAGGGCCCGGUGGGGGUGGCGAGUGGGCGCGGCCUCUCUAGAGCCCCUCAGUCCCCGCUGAACACCCCUCCUGCAGGUGGGCGUGGACACCAGGUGCACAAGUCGUGGCCCACCACCGUGUCAGACUCAGAGGGCAGCCUGGACCCCAGCCCUGGCUCAGGGGACUUUAAGAAGUUGGAGCGGAUGUCGUCCAGCGGCACCAUGUCGUCCAGCGAGGAGCUGGUGGACCAGGAGGGCAGCGCAGGGCCGUCAGCCUUUGAGCAGGCUGACCUCAACGGCAUGGCCCCCGAGCUGCCAGUGGCCGUGCCCAGUGGGCCUUUCCGCAACGUGGGGCUGUCCAAGGCUGCCCGCACGCACCGUCUGCGAAAGCUGCGCACGCCGGCCAAGUGCAGGGAGUGUAACAGCUACGUCUACUUCCAGGGGGCGGAGUGUGAGGAGUGCUGCCUGGCCUGUCACAAGAAGUGCCUGGACACGCUGGCCAUCCAGUGUGGCCACAAGAAACUCCAGGGCCGCCUGCAGCUCUUCGGCCAGGACUUCUCGAAGGCGGCCCGCGGCGCGCCCGAUGGCAUCCCCUUCAUCGUCAAGAAGUGUGUCUGCGAGAUCGAGCAGCGGGCACUGCACACCAAGGGCAUCUACCGUCUCAACGGGGUGAAGACGCGCGUGGAGAAGCUGUGCCAGGCAUUCGAGACUGGCCAGGAGCUGGUGGAGCUGUCACAGGCCUCACCCCACGACAUCAGCAACGUCCUCAAGCUCUACCUGCGGCAGCUGCCCGAACCCAUCCUCUCCUUCCGCCUCUACCACGAGCUCGUGGGGCUGGCCAAGGACAGUCUGAAGGCGGAGGCGGAGGCCAAGGUGGCGUCCCGGGGCCGGGCAGACCCUGCGGAGACCGAGGCCGCGGCCGUGGCCAUGGCGGGCCGGCUGCGGGAGCUCCUGCAGGACCUGCCCCCCGAGAACCGGGCCACACUGACGUACUUGCUGCGGCACCUGCGCAGGAUCGUGGCGGUGGAGCAGGACAACAAGAUGACUCCGGGGAACCUGGGCAUCGUGUUCGGACCCACGCUGCUGCGGCCCAGGCCCACCGAGGCCACCGUGUCCCUGUCUUCCCUGGUCGACUACCCGCACCAGGCCCGCAUCGUGGAGACCCUCAUCACGCACUACGGCCUGAUCUUUGAGGAGGAGCCCGAGGAGGUGCCUGGGGGCCAGCUGAAGGACAGCUCAGACGCGGCACAGGCUGAGGCAGAGGUGCAGGCGCCCUACCCGGAGGGGAGCGUGGGGGCCACUGUCCCCCUGCAGGAGGUGGCGGAUGGCGGCCCAGAAUCCCGGGUGGCCUCCAACGACUCUGAUUCCGAGGUAGAAGAGGCCUCAGAGCUUCUGUCCCCAGCGGACAGGGGACACCGCCUCAGUUUCCAGGAGAAGCAGGGCAGCGAGGCCAGCACGGAGGUGGCCCAGGGCAGCCGCAGCGGCAGCGAGGAGCAGCUGGGCGCCGGGGCCAGGCACAGCGACGGGGGGGGCCUGGCCCAGCAGCUUGCCGAGUUCAACGCCAACCAGUGCAACAAUGUGGCCAAGGUCCCGCUGCCUGCCAUGGGGCUCCGCGGUGCGAGGCUUGAGGCAGGCACGGGCCCGGGGCGGCAGCCGGAGUGUGUGUAGCUGGGGCGCCGGCCGGCCGGGCUGGUGGCUGAGGAGAUCUCCGGGGACGUCUGGUCACUGUGAGGCCUCAUACUCCAAAAACAAUACACUGAGGCCGCUACCGGCUGCCCUUUCCAGAAGCUCCCAGGAGCACAGGGAGAGGCAGAGGCCUGCCCUGUGUCUGCCUGCGUGCUGGGGCCAUGAAGAAGCCCCGUACACCCCUGCUGAGUGGCCCUGCCCUCGGAGCCAGCCACCCUGUGGGACACCGGUCGCCAUGGAAGGGAUUCUGGAAGCCAGACGGCGGGGUCCUGGAGGCAGUGUCGGGCCCCACGGGGCGUGGUGAGGUCCGUCCCGGGCCACGACGUAGGUUUUUCAAAUGCACAUUUUGCUUAAAAUAAAGUUUUAAAUCUGA